CCCCCCCCGCCCCUUCCAGUCGCCGCAAUAGCCAUGGCGUCCAUGAGUUUACUGCAGCGGGCUUCGGUCACUGCGGUGGCCGCACUGUGUGGCCGCCGCCUUGGCACUCGGCUUGGUUUCGGGGGCUUCCUCACGCGAGGCGUUCCGAAGACUAUCGCUCCUGUGCGACACAGUGGAGACCAUGGAAAAAGACUGUUUAUCAUCAAACCUUCUGGAUUCUAUGACAAGCGUUUUCUGAGUUUACUGAAAUUCUACAUUUUGUUGACUGGGGUUCCAGUAGUAAUUGGCAUAACUCUGGUGAAUAUAUUCAUUGGUGAAGCUGAGUUAGCAGAAAUCCCAGAAGGCUAUGUCCCGGAACACUGGGAAUAUUUCAAGCAUCCUAUAUCAAGAUGGAUUGCCCGAACUUUCUAUGAUAGUCCUGAAAAGAAUUAUGAAAGAACAAUGGCUAUCCUUCAAAUUGAAGCUGAAAAGGCUGAAUUGCGGUUAAAGGAGCAGGAUGUACGAAGAUUAAUGCGUGCGAGAGGCGAUGGUCCCUGGUAUCAGUAUCCAACCAUUGAUAAGGAGCUUAUUGAUCAUGCUCUAAAAGCAAGCCCUGACAACUAAUCUUUUUAUUUCUCUAAAUACAAAGGAUAUUCUCUUUAUGGGAAAAUAAAUUAAUAAAUAUAUUCUGUACUUUUGCUGAGUGUUGCGAAUUAAAGUUCCUCUUCCAUUGCUCUAUUUCUCAAUGUUGGUUCAGAUUAAGGCUUUUUUGUGUGUGAUUUUAAUUUUUUUUUCAGAUUUAUGAGGUAUAAUUGACAAAAUGGUAAGAUAUUUAAAGUAUAUAUUGUGAUAAUUUGAUAUAAGUAUACAUUAUGAAAGGCAGGUUAAGGUUUUUGAUUUGGUGGUUUCAGCUUCCUCUUUUAAGAAGGUUUAAAGUACCCCCCACCCCCCCAAAAAAAAUGUCGGAGAAAUAGGAAUUUGUGAACUCCUUCAAGGUAUAACUUGGAAAGGUUAAUGUUUUACUUGUCUGAUAAGUGGAAGUUAGAAGUCUGAUUGUGUUAAGUAUCAGGAAAUACAGUCUUUUAUAUACGUGUCUAUAUUGUAGACAUCUGGAUUAUUCAGGGGCAACUCAGAAUUUUAAAUUAUACAAGUAUUGAACCAAUUAUAUAAAACAUGAACACCUUAAUAAAUUUUCAGUGAACAAA